ACACAAUUUAUUUAUUUUCUAAAAAAAAACCUGUAGGAAAGAUUUAAAGGUAUGCAAUCGAGUCGGGAGUCGUGAAAGGGAAUCUGUUGUCCGAAUUCAGCAGCUCGAAAAGGCUUUUCCCUGUUCAUGUUCUUUUAGCUUGCACUAUCGAUGAUGAAGCACAUGAAGCCGCUGAGUUUGUACCAGGUGUUGCUGAAGCCGCCUGCUGUAGGACGAGGGCGAUUGCUUGGUUUAGAUGUUGGUGAUAAGUAUGUUGGCCUGGCGGUUUCAGAUUUUAACAAUAAAGUUGCUUCACCUUUGAGUGUCCUGGUUAGGAAGAAAAGCAAUAUUGGUUUGAUGGCUAUUGAUUUUGAAUUUCUGAUAUCAAAACUGUCUUUGUCAGCUUUUAUUGUUGGGUGCCCAUAUGAUAGACAAAGAAACUGCCCAGAAGCUACCCAAGUGAAAAUAUUUAUUGACGGCCUUUGUAAAACGGGAAAACUUGAAGGUGUUCGAUAUACAUUUUGGGACGAGUGCUUCACGUCAAAGAAUGUGGAUCUAUUGUUGGAGCCACUGAAAUUCUCCACAGUGGAAGCGAAAACAAUAAACGACAAAUUUGCUGCUGUUGGAAUACUGCAGGGAUAUCUGGAUUAUGUUAACAGGAUUGUGGAGACAGAGGAAAGCCAAUAAACAUCCCUAUCCCUCUCUCUUGUGGACAAUCACUAUGAUGUUUUAAUAUUUAAUGCAAAUCCUACAAUGUGGGUUGCAUUUCAACUUUGAAAUGUAAUGUCAUUAGUGUAGUUAUAGUUUAGAUCAUACUAGUAGCUUUGUGUGGUCUGAUUAUUGUAGUUCAUCUUCAACAAUUAUGUAUAGGUAGAUAUCUCAAGGCAUAUGGAAGGUCUUAUUUAAUUAAUUAAUUUGAACGUAUGAAGUUUAUUGUGGGUCUCUUUUGUAUUUUGAUAAAAGCUACUGAAGUAAACGAACUAUUAAUUGCAUUUUCAUAUAACUUCGUGGAAAAUACCAAAAUGACCAUGGGUAAUUAUUGUCUUAAUGUCUCUCCGUCUCUCUCCUAACAGGCAGCUGAAAGGACAAAACGUGGAAAACGAAAAGCCUCUCUCUUGUUUUAUAAGACGUAUCUCAUGCAUUGAUCACCUUCAGGUUCAUACAAGCUAAAUACAAGUGGUGUUAGCAGUGAUGACCAGGGAUCAAGCGGAUAUGGAGGAAUCUUGAGGGACGAAAAUGGGUGCUGGAUCAGAGGGUUUACAGGGUCAUCUUGGAACUGGUUCAAUGUGCAUUGAAGCUGAAUUAUUGGCCAUUUUAAAAGGAGUCGACUUAAUUGAUAGCUUAAGAUUACAAAACACCACAUUGGAAACUGAUUCUUUAGAUGCUUUCAAAGCACUUGAGAAACCUGAUAUGUAUACAAAAACGUCGGUUUGGAUGGCAAAAAUCUUAGAUUGCCUAAAGCUGGUCAAGAAAAACGAAAUUACUGUCAGUUCCAUAACUUCUGAAGAAAACAAGUGUGCAAGGUUUCUUGCACAGCUUGCCAUGGAUGAAGAAGAAGAAGAUGAUGAUGAUUAUGCAGAUGUACUUGAUCCUCCUCCAGGCAUUGAAAGUCUCAUUAUGCCUGAUAAGCCCAAAUUGUCCAAUGAUUAGACUUAGUUAUUUGUUGGUUAAAUGGUAUUUUUUUUUCUUCUGGGAAGAUGUUAUGUGUAAUGUGUUUUGAUUCUCAUGAAAUCUGGAU